AUCAAAGUGGUGGUGAUGGAACAGUUAUUCCAGACUAACGAUUUCUGACCCUCCCUAUGAAAAAAUUUCUGAAUGACAUGGAAAGGGAGAACCCAAUCAGGUUAACUGCUCAGCAACUAAGGAUUGCAACUGAUAAUUACACCAGCUUGUUGGGUUCAGGAGGUUUUGGAGCAGUUUACAAGGGUGUUUUCAACAAUGGGAUCAUGGUAGCUGUGAAGGUUCUACGUGGGAGUUCAGAAGACAAGAAAGUUGAGGAGCAAUUCAUGGCAGAAGUGAGUACAAUUGGUCGAGUUCAUCAUUUCAACCUUGUUCGGCUAUAUGGCUUUUGCUUUGAAAGAAACUUGAUAGCACUGGUCUAUGAGUACAUGGAGAAUGGCUCUCUUGACAGGUUUCUGUUUCAGGAAAAUAGGAUCUUAGGACAUGAAAAGCUUCAUGAGAUUGCAGUUGGGACAGCAAGAGGCAUGGCUUACUUGCAUGAAGAAUGCCAGCAAAGGAUAAUCCACUAUGACAUAAAGCCAGGAAACAUUCUCUUGGACAAGAACUUCAAUCCUAAAGUUGCUGAUUUUGGUUUAGCCAAGCUUUGCAACAGGGACAAUACUCACAUCACCAUGACCGGAGGAAGGGGGACUCCAGGUUACGCUGCUCCUGAGCUUUGGAUGCCCUUUUCUGUAACUCAUAAGUGCGAUGUUUAUAGCUUUGGUAUGCUGUUAUUUGAAAUUAUAGGUAGGAGAAGAAACCAUGAUGCUAAACUUUCUGAGAGCCAGGAGUGGUUUCCAAUGUGGGCUUGGAAAAAAUUUGAUGCUGGAGAACUUGGGGAGUUAAUGAUAGUGUAUGGGAUUGAGGAGCAAAAUAAGGAGAUAGCAGAAAGAAUGGUUAAGCUAGCUCUGUUGUGUGUUCAAUAUAGGCCAGAAUCAAGGCCUAUACUGAGUGUUGUGGUGAAAAUGUUGGAAGGUUCAGAUGAAAUUCCCAAGCCUUUGAACCCGUUUCAGCACUUGAUGGAUGGGACUUUGGCUGCUAAUGCAGUUCAAGUGUCACCAUUUCAUACAACAACCGUUUCUUCCAGCUCUUCUGUUUUGGCAAGUGACACCAGCAUCAUAUUCGCUACUCCUGUUAUGAGGAAGUAUGAGAUUGAAUUAGCCACUAGCAGGUGAUGGAAGGUUUCAUUAGGGUUCUAUAAGUUGGAAAAUAUAGUCCCUGUACUAGUCUUCUAUUUAUAAUAUAGUAAUUGAGAAGCGCGCAACCUAACGCCGCCACGUCAGCGAUUUUACUUCUAACAAAAGUACCUACAUCAGCAAUUUUGAUGACGUGUCACGUUGUAGCUUCUAAAGCAUAGAAAACCCAACUAGAGACCCAUCCCAGCCACAGAAUAGAACGACAUCACGGAUUCAGCAAAAGACACACCCUACUUCAUCAGCUUGCAACUACAACAAUGGCGACACAGCCCCUUCUUCGUUCCGUUCCCCUCCCGGUACGCUGGAUUCAAGAACCAACAAUGGCGACUCGCCCCUUCAAUUCCGGUUAGACAAAAUUACUCUCUUAUUGCUUCUUCGCAUCCCUUUCCGCAGGCCCUCUUGGAUCUCAGGCAGCCCCCUCAGCCGUGACAUCUGAACUCAGCAAUUCACUGGAAUUUGAAUGAAAACCAGGCCACUUCCACGCGUUGUACCUCUGCAGCAACUCAGCCUCCACACGUCCUCACAGCAGCGGAGUCCUCCUUCCGCAAAAACCCUCCCUUUCGAUCUCAACCUCCCUCCCCAGUCUUUCCUCUUUGACCACUGACUUGUGCCUCUGAUGGAUCUGCUAUGCCCCAAUUUCCGGCAUCAAAUUUGCUUAAAUGGGUGUCAACAUGUUCCAUAAAAUUGUCAAGUCAUUCCAUUGGCUUUGGGUGCAAAACUGUGCAGAAUUUUUUGGCAACUUACAUUUGCUUCUAUUAAUCAGAGAAUUGGGAAACAAUCUUAAACUUUCAAAUCUCAAUCAGUACAUGUAUAAAUUUGUGAGUGUCACCUUUAGAAAGCAAAUUAACGUGCUUAUGAUGUAGCCAAAAAAUGAGCAUUGCUUCAAAUGUGCUUCCAAUCUCUCUGUA